AUGCUUAUGCUAAUUAGUAUUCCAGAUGAUAUUGAAGUUAGGUAUUAAAUCCAAAUGCCAAAGAAAAUGGCACUUAUUAGUCCACCUAAAACUAGUUUUAGCAGAGGUACUGAUGUUUAAGUGCUAUAUUCAUCUUAGAUGAAUGAAUUAAACCCAGAAAAAAAUUCAGGCCUGAAUACACUUACAAAAGUUACUGAAAGAAUCAGAAGAAUGACUCCCAAUAUUUAAGAUUUUACCACAGAUUCUCUAAAGAAAAAAAGGUAUGGCAAAGUCCAGUAUUAUAAUGCCCUUCAAAUGCGCCCUCAAAGGAUAGAGUCAGAAAAUGAUUUCCAAUAAACUCCAACACACCCCCAGCUAUCAAAAGUUGUCAAUCGUCAAAAUAGAUUUUCUCUAUCUCUACAUAUGGAAGUGUAGUUCCCCUCAUUCAGUAUUAUGAAUUACUCCAACCCAUUUCUAUUUCAGCUUGUCUUAAAGGAGUUUGAGUGA